AAAAAAGUUCUGAUCGGAAUCACUUUCUGGUUCACCCUGCCAUGGAUUGCAUAUACCUAUGUGAACGUUGCUUUGCACAAGAGUGCUUGGCAGUUACAUCCUUACGAAACUUCAAACUUCAGAGUCUUUUUGAGCGCUUCAAAUGCUGUUGAUGGACUCAAAACAAACCUGUCGUUUAGUGGAGGCCAAUGCACUGAAUCUGCAAAUCAUCAAUAUGAAGCCAUGUGGCGAAUUGACCUCGGGGCUGUUCUAGGCAUCAAUCAUAUUAUUCUAUAUUAUAGAACUGACAAUGUUGCUUGGGGUCUUAGUCAUGGUUUUGUCGGCAGAUUUCUUGGAUUCUCUGUGUACAUAUCGAACACGACGAAUAGAGAAGACGGAGUCAUUUGUUUUAAGGACAGCCAACAUUUUACCAAGUACACCAUUCCAGCUGUGUUAACAUUGAACUGUACACACCACGGUAGAUACGUCAUCUACUACAACAACAGGACAGCAAGUAAUCUACCAUCUGACUACUCGCAAUAUGCUUACAACGAACUGUGCGAAUUUGAAGUAUAUGGUUGUCCUACUCCUGACUAUUACGGCGAGACUUGUUCCCUAUCUUGUUCACCACAUUGUAUCAACAGCAACUGUCAUAUAGAGACUGGCUAUUGUUUUGGAUGCAAAGAUGGGUAUCAUGGACCAAUGUGUGAACAACACUUUUCAGGAAACACUCGGGUUAUCCACUGUUUUUAG